AUGAAACAAGAACCUUUUACAAGCCUUAGUUUUCCUUUAGAACGUUAUUCUUAUGCUACACAAAAAGAUGAAGCAUCUCAAAGACAUUGUCUUUCUAAUAUUGAAUGGUUUCAUUAUCCUCACCGGGACCUUGAGAUUCAAUUUGAGAUGAAUAAUGUUAGUGGGCAUGAUGAAGUUACUAUGAAGAUUACUCGUGGAGCUAUUCUUUUUGAACAAUUGAAUAUUACUCGUCUUUCUCGACUUAAGAUCCCGUUAUUUCAGUCGGAAAAUGGGCCGCCCCAGUCAGGAAUUAUUGUUAUUACACGAGCGCCAUGCAUUGGUAUUAAAUGGUAUAAUGAUGUAUCCAGAAAAAUCUCUCGGUUUCAGAUGAAGUUUUCUACUGAGGAUAUUUUUCAUUCAGUUCGAGGUAUUCUUGAACAACAUGUAGGUAAAAUCAGGAAUGCAAUUGAUUCAUAUUCAUCAAAUGAACGUGUAUCGCUUAAAGUUCAAAAAUACGAUAAGUCAUCAGAUCAUGUAAAACCAUGGAUUGAAGGAGAAAUGGAAGAACCUCAAGCAAAAAAAAUAUAUGGAGGACAAGGAUCAAUUGAGCCGUUUUUUCCUUUGAAUUCGAUAGGUUCAAUGGAAAAAGAACCUAUUUCAAGUUUAGCAGACCUUCGAUUUCCAACACCCUCAAAUACAAAUAGAUUUUUAUACUUAAAUCCAUCUUAUAAUAAAAAUCAGAAUGAGUGGGUAUCGAGUAUAGAUGAAUUAUCAAAAAUGACCAAGGAAAAUAACCAUUAUGAUCCUAGUUUAUCUACAGAAUUAAUUAAGAAAAAAAAACUCAAAAAAUCUUCUAAAACAAAAAAAAAUUUAAAUGAUUUGAAAAAAGAACCGUCUGCAGAUAAUAACAGCUUAUUAAUAAAAACAGAUGUAGGUAAAAAGAAGACUUCGACUGUCAAGAAAUUACCAACACCUCCACGUACUGCAUCUUAUGAAUCUAGUUUAUCUUUAUCCCAGGAAAAUACUGAUACUUUAGAAGAAAUGAUUGUUUCUUAUAUUAAUGAUCAUCAUUUUUUACAGCUUAUUAAAAAAGUAGAUACAAUAUGGAAAAAAUUGGGAUUUACAAUAUAAAAAUUGCACAGUAUUCAGUUAUUGUAUCUUUCGCUUAUGUAUGUCAUUCAAAUAGAUUUCCUCGGGGAAGCUGCCCCUUUCUAGGCCCUUCUCAUCUAUUUUUUAAGGCUGACCCGACCUUCAACAGUUCAACAUUAAAAAACAAAAGAGAAGUCCCGAAGGACGAAUUCAAAAAUGAUGCAUCCGAGACAAGACGAAUCCUGUUCGCAGCGGAGAACUUAACGCUGUGCAAUGUUAGGUCCUUCC